AUGCCUUUCACCCCCAUCCACCCCAAUGCGGGCAUCCAAUACCCUCUCCGGGUUACCAUCGGUGAUGAUGAUCAUGUCCCAACCCACCAAAUUGCGCACGUGAAUGGACCGGCCACUACCGUCUUUGGGAUGUCGGCGUCCGCGAAUGUCGCUGUCAAGAUCCAAAAUUACAAUGCGCCUGAUUUUGUGGCGGACCCGCCAACUUCGGCAUACUUUGAUCAUCCUCUACACAAGGGGGACAAAGUGUCCAUUGCAUUGUCAAUCGUCUUUGAUAGCGACGUCAAUGGCAACGAUCUGGUCUUCGGGAAUUACUUCAGUCACUCAAUCGAGGAGAAGCUCCCCGAUGCAUGGAACACGAUGUCCAAAUUUGCCAAGCGAAAGUUCGAGAAGUCGAUUGAGUACAACUUGAAGGGGCCCACCUCUUCGGUCUACAGCCCCGCCCUUUCGAGCACGUCACAGUUCCGCAUCGGCGUGGAGAGCCCGUUGCCGGCUGAAAAGCUCAACCAGUACACCCUCGUCCUGGAAGGGUCGGACACUGAGUGCGGACAAAUUAUUCACAACGUGCAGGGAAUUCCUGACAAUGCCGCCGAUCGUAAAGAGUUCUUCCAAGAUACGAAAAACCGUGAAAAUUUCUGCUUUUACGGAGGUGUCCAAUACUUUUUCGACUUUGCUAACGCGGCCUUGAACCCUACUGACCUCUGCCUGAACUUGCCUGGAUACGACUUACCUUUCUUCCAAAUCAUGGAUGACCCCAACCAUGAACUACGGUACGCUCUGAAGAACCGGAAGACUGGGGAGGUGUACUUGGUGGUGGUCUUGUCUGUUGCUUUUCGCAACGGACAGGCUGCUGCCUUGCGCCUCGCCCAGGAGGUGGGUCCGACCUCGGCGAGCCUGCGGGCUCUGUUUGAGGCAAGGGUCGCCCGGCGACAACGCAGGUAG